AUGGCGGGAAGGGCGCCUCCUGGAGGCAACCCUAAUUCUGGGAAUGACCUCUUACUCGACCUCGACGAUAGCCCUCCCUACGGAGGGCAAAGACGACCUAUACACGAUGACCAUUCAUCUCGACCGUCUGUAUCAUACGAUGAUUUCGUUGGUGGCAGCCAAACCACCCACCCGGCUGUCAAAAACCCACCACCUGGCGCCGGCGCUUCGGGUCCUCGACCACCAUACCUAGUUGAUAACGAUAGACAAUACAGCCAAACAUCCGAUCUGCACAACUACCAAAGAUAUGCCGACGACUUCGAUGAUUAUCCCGAUGAUGGACAGUCUUAUUACCAACAUGGAGGGGCUAUGAACGCAGCCGACAUGGAAAGUCGCGUCAAUGCGCGCAACCGCAACAGCGUACUCGGGUUAGGAGGUGGUUUUUUGGGAAGGGCGAAGAAUAUGCUCGGCAUGGGACAGAAGGGGUAUUCAGAGAUGGACCUGCCUCUAACGGAGCCUGGCCACGGAACGGGGGAUUCGAGCACCGAAUCUCGGAAGCAAAAUAAGAAAUUCGAGUUGAAGAACUUUAGGUUUGGCUUUGGCGGAGGUAAACCGGACCCGUCAACUCUAGGUCCUCGCAUCAUCCACUUGAACAACCCUCCUGCGAACGCGGCGAACAAAUAUGUCGACAACCAUGUUUCUACCGCCAAAUACAACGUUGCUACAUUCCUACCCAAGUUCCUAAUCGAGCAGUUCUCUAAGUUCGCCAACGUUUUCUUCUUAUUUACGGCCGCCUUGCAACAAAUUCCGAAUCUAUCUCCAACGAACCGUUAUACCACUAUUGGCCCUCUUGUUGCUGUUUUGCUGGUAUCCGCAGGCAAGGAAUUGGUUGAAGAUUACAGGAGGAAGCAAGCCGAUAGUGCUCUCAACAACUCGAAAGCUAGGGUCUUGCGAGGAUCAACAUUUGAAGAAACAAAAUGGAUCAAUGUGGGCGUAGGGGAUAUAGUGCGAGUGGAAUCAGAGGAGCCUUUUCCUGCCGAUAUUGUCUUGCUUGCGAGUUCCGAGCCAGAAGGAUUGUGUUAUAUCGAAACAGCAAACCUCGACGGCGAAACUAACCUCAAGAUCAAACAGGCGUUACCAGAGACUUCCACUAUGGUUAGUCCGGCGGAAUUGAGUAGAUUAGGUGGCAGGGUCCGUUCCGAACAACCAAACAGUAGCUUAUAUACGUACGAAGCUACCCUGACCAUGCAAGCCGGUGGCGGAGAAAAAGAGUUACCCCUCAACCCAGAACAACUAUUGUUACGUGGUGCCACCCUCAGGAACACUCCUUGGAUCCAUGGUAUUGUAGUGUUUACGGGACAUGAGACCAAGCUUAUGCGCAAUGCCACCGCAGCCCCGAUCAAGCGGACCAAAGUUGAACGGCAACUCAACAUGUUGGUCCUUGCGUUGGUCGGUAUGCUACUUGUUCUCAGUGUUAUAUCUACCGUGGGAGAGCUAGUUUUCCGAUCCGUUCGAUCGGAUUCAAUUAGUUACCUGCAGCUAGGCGCGCUUACUGAGCCCGGUGAUGUAGUGAAGGCGAUCUUCAAAGAUCUCGUCACCUACUGGGUCUUGUUUUCCUCUCUGGUUCCCAUCUCACUGUUUGUGACUGUAGAGAUGGUCAAAUACUGGCAUGGCAUUCUAAUCAACGAUGACCUCGAUAUUUACUACGAUAAGACGGAUACACCUGCAAACUGCCGAACAUCUAGUUUAGUCGAAGAGUUGGGCAUGGUCGGCUAUGUCUUUUCAGACAAGACUGGAACUCUAACAUGCAAUAUGAUGGAGUUUAAACAAAGCUCAAUCAGUGGAAUACAAUACGCCGACGACGUACCGGAGGAUCGGAGGGCCACGGUGCAAGACGGUGUGGAAGUUGGAAUCCACGAUUUUAAGCGAUUACGCGAGAACCUUAAGACACACGAGAGUGCCGAGGCAAUGCAUCACUUUUUAGCUCUCCUCUCAACCUGUCAUACCGUUAUUCCGGAGCGGGACGAGAAGGGCGGCAAUAUUAAGUACCAGGCUGCCUCACCCGAUGAGGGUGCCUUGGUUCAGGGUGCCUCGAUGCUAGGCUAUAAGUUUGUUGCUCGCAAGCCACGAUCCGUAAUCAUCGAAGUCGAAGAGAAGGAAUACGAGUACGAGCUUCUAGCUGUUUGUGAAUUCAACUCUACGAGAAAGCGAAUGUCUACAAUUUACCGAUGCCCCGAUGGAAAGAUUCGACUCUACUGUAAGGGUGCAGACACUGUCAUUCUGGAACGUUUGAAUGAGGACAACCCACAUGUCGAACAAACUCUGUUACACCUAGAGGAAUAUGCUUCUGAGGGUCUUCGUACUCUCUGUUUGGCAGUACGAGAGAUUCCCGACGAAGAAUUCCGCGAGUGGUACAAUAUCUUUGAUAAGGCACAAACUACCGUGGGCGGUAACCGAGCUGAUGAGCUAGAUAAAGCAGCUGAAAUCAUUGAGCAUGACUUCUACCUGUUGGGCGCAACUGCCAUUGAAGAUCGUCUCCAAGAUGGCGUGCCUGAAACUAUUCACACGCUACAGCAAGCGAAUAUUAAAGUAUGGGUUUUAACUGGAGAUCGUCAGGAGACGGCUAUCAAUAUCGGCAUGAGCUCCAAGCUACUGAGUGAGGACAUGAUGCUCCUGAUCGUCAACGAAGAGGACGCUGUUGCGACUCGCGACAACAUCCAGAAGAAGCUAGAUGCCAUCCGGAAUAAUGCAGAUGGCUCAGUUGAAAUGGACACAUUGGCUCUUGUCAUUGACGGUAAAUCACUCACUUUCGCUCUAGACCCAGAUAUGGAGAAGAUUUUCUAUGAUCUUGCUGUAAUGUGCAAAGCGGUUAUCUGUUGUCGUGUUUCACCGUUACAGAAAGCUUUGGUUGUGAAGCUGGUCAAGAAGUUCUCGUCGGAGAUCCUUCUCGCUAUUGGCGACGGAGCGAACGAUGUGUCUAUGAUCCAGGCUGCCCAUAUCGGAGUUGGUAUUUCGGGUGUUGAAGGUCUUCAGGCUGCACGAUCGGCCGAUAUUUCCAUCGCGCAGUUUCGAUUCCUCCGCAAACUCACUCUCGUCCACGGCGCUUGGAGUUACCAACGUAUCAGCAAAACUAUCCUCUUCUCUUUCUAUAAGAACAUUACUCUAUACAUGACACAGUUCUGGUACACAUUCCAAAACGUCUUUUCAGGCGCCAUCAUCUUCGAGUCUUGGACACUAUCCUUCUACAACGUCUUCUACACUGUGCUACCUCCCCUUGUUAUGGGCAUUCUAGACCAGUUCAUCUCUGCGCGACUCCUCGAUCGUUAUCCGCAAUUAUACACACUGGGACAGCAAAAUCAGUUUUUCAAGAUCAGCACAUUUGCGGCAUGGAUUGCAAGUGCCGUCUACCAUUCUAUCAUUCUCUACAUUUUCUCCGAGCUUAUUUGGUACGGGGACCUGAUGCUGGGCGAUGGUACAAUGGCAGGCCAUUGGGUCUGGGGUACGGCCUUGUAUGCGUCUACUCUUGCCACGGUUCUCGGAAAGGCUGCGUUAGUAACAAGCAAUUGGACGAAGUACCACGUCAUGGCGAUCCCGGGAAGUAUGUUGAUAUGGUAUAUUUUCAUCGUUGUCUAUGGUAUCGUCGCUCCAAUCCUUGGGUUUUCCAAGGAAUACCAUGGGCUGGUACCGAAAUUGUUCUCUAACCCCGUGUUUUGGCUCCAAACGGUUACUCUACCAAUGCUUUGCCUCCUCCGGGAUUUCUCCUGGAAGUACGCGAAGAGGAUGUACUACCCGCAGACCUAUCAUCACAUACAAGAGAUCCAGAAGUAUAACAUCCAGGAUUACCGUCCUAGGAUGGAACAAUUCCAGAAGGCGAUCAGGAAAGUGCGUCAAGUGCAGCGCAUGAGGAAACAGCGAGGGUAUGCUUUCUCGCAAGCAGAUGAGAGUCAGACGCGCGUGAUCAACGCGUACGAUACGACGAGACAUAGGGGAAGGUACGGCGAGAUGCCGGCAUCGACACCGGGCGCAAGGUAG